UCAACUGCCAAAUGUAUUGCUUCACACUUUUUGUGUCGUGUAUCUGCCACCUCGCCUUUCACAGCGGAAUCUUCUUUUCAGGGAGAUGUCCUUUGCUCCUCAGGUGUAAUGCACUUUAAGCUUGUUAUUCAGUGAAGAUGAGUCAUACAGAGGUUAAACUAAAAAUACCUUUUGGAAAUAAAUUACUAGAUGCUGUUUGUUUUGUACCCAACAAGAACUUAACAUAUGGAAUGAUUCUUACACAUGGAGCAUCAGGAGACAUGAAUCUUCCUCACUUGAUGUCACUGGCGUCCCAUCUUGUAUCUCAUGGGUUUUUUUGCCUAAGAUUUACCUGUAAAGGCCUUAAUAUUGUACAUAGAAUUAAGGCAUAUAAGUCAGUUUUGAAUUACUUAAAGACCUCAGGAGAAUACAAACUUGCUGGUGUUUUCCUUGGAGGUCGUUCAAUGGGCUCCAGAGCAGCCGCUUCUGUAAUGUGUCACAUUGAACCAGAUGACGCUGAUGAUUUUGUUCGAGGACUCAUCUGUAUUUCGUACCCACUGCACCGUCCAAAACAGCAGCAUAAACUCAGAGAUGAAGAUCUCUUUCGUAUAAAAGAUCCAGUACUUUUUGUGUCAGGUUCAGCAGAUGAAAUGUGUGAAAGGAACUUGUUGGAGAAAGUGGUACAGAAAAUGCAAGCUCCCAGUAAAAUCCACUGGAUUGAGAAGGCAAAUCAUUCCAUGGCAGUGAAAGGACGCUCAACAAAUGAUGUUUUCAAAGAAAUAAAUUCGCAGAUUUUGUUCUGGAUCCAAGAAAUAAUUGAGAUGAACAAGAAAUAAUUGUUUUUGGUUAAAGCCUAUGUUAUUUGAAUAGAAGUUCAGUUAAUUUGGCAAACAGUAUACCUCUCAGUCUAAAAUAUAUCUCCAAAGUAUGUAGAUAUAUACUCAUCCUUUAGAGAAUGUUUUAGACUUACGUUCCUUGAUGUUCUUCUGUUUUUAAAAUGUUUUAACUGUGAAAUUAAUGUCCUUUACAAAAGUGUCUUUUGAAUGCACUGUUAGUGUUGUAUAAAGAUCAUGUACAAAUAUUGAAAUUGUUCUAAAUAUAAUUUAUUUUUGUUAGUAUAGUUCCCAAAGUUUUGGGAAAAAAUUAAACAUUUGAAUUCUACGGCUGUGCUUUGGCCUUAUUCAUACACAGCUGAGUGAAUAAUCACAUUUUUGUAAAGCAGUCUCUUUUUUUGCAGUGAUGCAUGUU